UUAAGUAAGUUAUCCACAUCUGAAGGUAUUCUUCUAGCUCGAAGCCAUCGUUUUGUUUAUUUUACACCAAGUCUAAAUCUUACUGCAAAAUUGUAGCAUCGCACAAAUUUGAAUGCUUUGAAGUGAAGAGAAAAAAGUCGAUGAAAAUUUUCGAUCAAUAGAUCAGUUUGACCUUUUACAUCGGUGACAUGUGUGGGAUACUAUACUCCAUUCAAGAUCAAACUUCUCAAAUUGACCAUCCAUCGGUUUUUGGAAAUGAAAUUUCGGAAGAAAAUGGUGUGAGUUUCUACGAGACAGAUGAUACCGAAAAGAUCAAAUCUUUAUUGAUUCAACCUCAACUUGACAAUGACUUGAUCUUGACCAAAAGUGACCAAAUGAAAUUAGAUAACUUAGAAAGACUUAGGACAUUGAACGAAAAACUAAUAAGCUUGAAUAAUACAAUCAAAAAAAAGCUUGACGAUGAUAAGUUAAAACAAAAACUUGAGAUUGAACACCAAAUUGACCAGAUAGUCAAUCACCCUAUUCACGAUGACGAGCUUUUGAAUCAAGACUACAAUCUUUGGAAUGAUUUAAUAUCAAGAAUUGCGUGUAGGGGACCUGAUUAUAUUCAAUAUCAGCAAUUUUGUCAUCAUGAUAAGAACAUCCAGUUAUUCUCCUCGAUUUUAUCAUUAAGACAACCAUUUAAUAAACAACCCACUGAAACUGAUGAUUUCAUACUACAGUUCAAUGGUGAACUCUACAAUGAAGAGUGCUUGAAUACUAAUGAUACAGAUUUUAUUAUUCAUUUAUUGUCUAAGAAUUUGAAUGCAUGUAAUACUCGAAAACUGGCUGUUUUGAAAACUAUCGCCGAGCUAAAUGGUGAAUUUGCAUUCGUUUUAACUGAUAAAAUCGAAAAUAAAGUUUACUUUGGGAAAGAUUAUAUAGGCAAAAGAGCACUUUUAUAUUCCAUGGUAGAUUCCAGAUUAAUCAUUAGUUCUUUACCUCCAGCUGACCAUUCGAGACAGAACUACAUCGAAUGCAAAAGUAGUCAGUUAUAUCAGUUAGACAUGACUAGCUUCAAGUUGGAUACCGUUGAAUAUGAAUCUAUAUGGAGUGAGUUUGGUUCUGAUCAAAGAAUCAGCUUCGACCCGUUGGUUUAUAACUCCUCAAUUGCCAAUGUUUCUUCUAAGAUUGAAAAUUUAUAUAAAGUAUUGAACAAUGCAUGUCUAAAACGUCAAAAUACUAUACAUCCUUUGCAUGAAACCCAAGGUUCUCAAUUAGGUAUACUAUUCAGUGGUGGGUUAGAUUGUACGGUUAUUGCGGCGAUGAUAAGUGAUAAUAUAAUUCAGAAUGGCAAUAGAGGAUACAUUGAUUUAAUGACUAUCGGAUUUGACAAUCCAAGGACUAAUAUGAAGGCCAGCGAAUCCCCAGACCGUAAAUUGAGUAAAAAAUCAUGGUUCAAUCUCCUGAAGAAAUACAAUAAUGAACUGUUUAAAAUUAGAUUGGUUGAAAUCAAUGUCGAAUAUAGGGAAUGGUUAAUUCAUAAGAAAAGAGUUGAAAAAUUAAUAUAUCCUGCAAAUACAGAAAUGGAUUUGUCAAUUGCAAUUGCCUUCUGUUUAGCCAGUAGAUGCUCUAAUGAUUUCAAAAUCGAAUUGAAUGACGAAAUUCCGAAAAACUUGGAUUUUAAUGAAUAUAUGGAAGAUGAGUCAAUUUAUUCAACUUUUGAUUCGAAUUAUGCUUCUAAUGCAAAAGUAUUAUUUUCUGGGUUAGGAGCAGAUGAAUUAUUUGCGGGAUAUUCAAGACAUGAAUCGAUAUUUAACGAUAUUAAUAUUGACGCUUCUGAUAGCAUUUUACUGAAAAAGUACCAAGAAUUAUCAGAAUCGUUAAUUUAUGAUAUUCAAGUCAUUUAUAACCGUAAUUUAGGUCGCGAUGAUCGAGCUAUAUCAUCUUGGGGUAAAGAAUUAAGAUAUCCAUACUUAGACAACAAGGUUAUCAACCAUGUUAUAAACGACAUCGAACCCAAUCUUAAGUUAAAAUACGAAUGGCAGUUGAAAACCACAAAGAAAGAUAAAGUUGGUAAACAAGUAAAAACUUAUGUGAGAAAAUGGAUUCUUAGAGAAUUGGCAGAAUUCAUGGGGCUUUCAUGGGUCAAAGAUGAAAUGAAAAGAGCAAUCCAAUUCGGUGCUAAAAGUGCCAAAUUAGAAAUCGGUCAAAGUAAAACAAAAGGAACGGAUAAUUUAUAGAGUGUAUUAGAAUAUAAAU